AUGAUACAGCCCCUUUUCACAUAUCCCGUUAAAAACACAUCAUGGUACAUUGUGGUGGCCAAAGAUGCAGUACAUUUCUACUUCAAUUCUGAAACUGGCGCCUCUGUGUGGCAGCUUUCAGAAACCACCAUCGAAGACCUCGAAAGCAGAGUUAAUUUCGAUGAUUUGGCAGUACUUUUUGCCAAGGCCAAUGGGCUCCGUGUUGGUCCAAAAGAAGAGGGAAAGAAAAAACGGAGGCUUUCUAGUACCCUUGAACGGCUGAAAUCGCGCCGCAUUCAUGAUAGCCUGUUGAAUGAUGGCCCAGAAAGAUCUCAGCAGUCACCUGAUUUCAGUGCACAAGACACGGGAUUUACAGGAUAUUCCUCCUCUGAAGAUGAGGAAUCCGAAGAGAAUGACAUAGGUUUUUCUGAGGCAGAACAGGCACAGUCUGGCCAAGACGACACAUGCUCAGAAAGUGACGACGUGAAUGUUGGUUUGGACCUCGCGUUCGAAUCUGAUGCUGAAGAUUCGAGGGUUGAGAGUCGAGAGGCCGCACGUGACGAUUUCCGUCAUCUCCUAGACGACUACCGGGAUGAAAUAUCGAUCUAUGACCCUUGGUUUCUUGUCGAAGAGGAGCUCCUACCCAAGUUUUCGCAGGAUCCGGCAUUCUAUGGUGUCCCUGAUUCUCUGGAAAGGGAGAGCAUUUUUGAUGCGUGGGUAGCCUCGCAAAGCAGUGCCGAAAAGCAGCAUGUGCACCAAAAGAGAGGAGUGUACCCAACGCCAAAGCUUCUCUUUUUCCAGUUUUUGCAGGAACAUAAAGUGGAAGUCCGCAGAUUGUUUUACCCGGAGUUCUACAAGAAGCAUGCCGCAGAGAUCAACGACUUGUGUGCGAGCUCUCCCGGGCUCAAACCGGAAAAUCUAUAUCGAGAGUUGCGAAUUACUUUGAAUGACUAUGCAGACUACGAAAAGGCCGAGAAGAAACGCAGGACCGAAGGGAACUUGAAGGUGGCACAUGUGGAAAAUUAUCUCCGCCCGAGGCUCGCCGGGUUUAACCGGACACUCGGUGAUGUCCAGGCAGCCGGAAAUAACGGGGCGUCUUUUUUCGAGCGCUGGAUGCAGUUGUGCAAUCAACAUGCUCUUCCAGAACAGGUAGUCUGCGAUGCCACCAACUUUGUUGUCGGCGAUGAAAAACGGCUUACGGCUUAUCUCCGCGUGAUGGGUCCAAACUAG